UAUAUAAACAUGCUGCACCGGAAGUAACCUCUGACAGGUUUGGAAAAAGUAGCAACGAGUGGAAUUCAUUCGGAGUGAAUGGUGACGUCAGAGAGCGCGAAUUUCGGCGUUAAUACAUGGAAUUAGUCUUCAUUGGAUGGUACACGUAUUUGCAUCUAUCCCCGUCACUUUCUUCAAAGAACAUGAAUAAAAGCAGCAGGAAAAGAAGUUAUAGUUCCAUUUCCGAAGAUAAAAAUGUGGAAACGAAGAACAAUGCGGAUGUCCAUGAGCAGCAUGAAAAUGAAAACUACACAAAGACCAAGUUGAAAAAGGCCAUUGACCAAGAGGAUAGGCCAACCGUAGAACAUACUUCGGUUCUGAAUGAAAUAAAUGAUCUCGAUUUCAAGAUCUCAAAUAUUUCUGAAUAUGAACGGAAACGACAAGAAAAUGUACGAGACAAUGUGAGAUUCAUGGCUUCAAUUGGCAUUUUUCAGGCCAAACAUAUGUUUGAUGCCACGAUGCCAGUUAAACAGAAAACUAAUCCAAAAUCAAAACAGAAAACUACACCAAAACCAAAGAGGGUGUAUACUCCAACACGCCGAAGCGCACGUAUUCAGCGCAUAGAUCCUUCAGGAAUAUCACUCCCAUCCCUGCCAGAUGUUGCUGAACAAGAGGAGAAAAUGGAACGCAAGCCAUUGGGUCCUCUCAAGAUGUCUGACUUGGUGACUAAUGAAAAUACAGAAGAUAUCGCCAAAGUGUUUGCUGCCGAUUUGAAGAGCCUUUCUGAUGCAGCUGAACCUCUGAAGCUGAAAACACCAACUUCUGCAUCAUUACAAAGCUUUUUGUCUGGAUUUUCUCGAGUGAAAGUCACUGAAAACCAAGUCCGCAAAGUUGUUGAAUCCAGAAUUUUCUCUGUCGUGAUGCACCCAUCCAAAGAGAAAAUCCUAGUUGGUGCUGGUGGAAAAUGGGGAUCAAUUGGCCUUUGGGAUGUGGGUCAAGGACUUGCUGAUGGUGGAGCUGUCUGUUUUAAUCCCCACACCAAACCAGUCAACUGUCUUGCAUUUAAUCCAUAUAACCUAGACCAGCUGUAUUCUUGUAGUUAUGAUGGUACUCUACGUUGUGGCUACUUUGAAAAGGGCAUUUUUGAAGCUAUUUACUACACUCCAGAAGAAGAUGAUGUGUUGUUACGCAACUUUUCCUUCUUUGAUGCUAACACACUAUUUGUCUCACAAAGUGAUGGAGAUGUUGCUAUUGUCGAUAUACGUACAAAAAGUGGCAAACCUGAAAAUUUGUUCACAGCAAGCCACAAGGGCCUUCGUUCUGUUGAUAUCCAUCCUCUAAAAAAGGAAUAUUUUGUUACUGCGGGGCUAGACUGUACAGUAUCGUUAUGGGACCUGAGAGCCACCAAGAAGAAGCCAAACAAGAUCUGUUCUAUGUCCGCCUCCAGAAUGGUAGACAGUGCUUAUUUCUCACCGCUCACAGGGAAAUACAUCCUCUCCACUGCACAAGACGACAGAAUCAGAAUAUAUGAUAGCAGCAAAUUAUCUUCAAGCAUUCCGUGUCUCUAUUCCAUUAGCCACAACAACCAGACUGGUCGGUGGCUUACCAAAUUCCGUGCAACUUGGCACCCAUGCAGAGAGGACCUGUUCAUAAGUGGCAGUAUGAAUCGACCAAGACAGGUUGAGUUGAUCAACGAUGAAGGUAGAUGUAUGAUGGUUCUUCAUCAUCCAGAACUGAUCAACUCUGUCCAGUCUCUGAAUGAAUUUCAUCCGACGAUAAACGCUGUUGUUGGCGCCAAUGCCAGUGGAAAACUUCAUGUCUUCAAGUAAAAAAAAA